GACUCAUGGGAGGCAUUGGGAGGCCGGAGGGGGAGAGGGGAGCUGUGGCUCGAGAGCAUGAGCGCAUGCAUCUCUCUCUGCAACCUCAAUGCGAUUUCUAUAUUGGUGAAAGUGUGUGCCAAGCCACGAUCUACUCUCUCUCUCUCUCUCUCUCUCUCUCUCUCUCUCUCUCUCUCUCUCUCUUUAACUCGCCGUUGAACAAAUCAUGAUUCCCACCGAUUUCCACUUCUUCAAGUCAUUGCGUCAUCACCCUAAAGAAUCCACCUUUCUGAUUCUCUCUCAAUCUCUAUCUCUCAGCUUCUUCUGAACUCUCUCUUAUUCUUAAGCUCCUUGCUUGCUUCAUCAUUCGAUAUGUUCUAGUUGACUUUACAGCCGUGAGAAAGUACAAUGUCCAUGAUGGGUUGUUUUGCAUACGUAUGACCGGGACCCACGUGGGCCAAAGUUGGAAUCUUUCUUUCUCCCCGCAUAUAAUCAAGAUUCAGUAUAGUCGGUCCAGAUUGAAAGCUUUGGAAUUGUGGGAGGGGAUUUGGUCCUUUCUUUUGAGAUUGAGUUGUGUCUUGUUUCUGUACUCUACUGUCUCCCUCUGUUGCUCUCUUUGUUCCUUGUGUUGCAGACACUGUUUUCAUGGGUAAUUCAGGAAAGUGUAUAUAAAAACAUCCACUUGGGUAUCUUGAGGAAUCUUCAACCGACUGGGAUUUGAAGGCAGAACAGUGCAAGUUGAAUUGCUCUUGUGAUAUCCUCUUUAUCAAUCAGCUUCCAGCUUAGAGUUCAUUCAUUCCUAAUUCAAGGAUUCAGCAAAAGGGUGAUCAUGGAAGAUGAUGUUUUAUCACCAGCUACCAUGCUGGGAGCUCCAACUGAUUCCGCAAUGGAUUUAGACUUCAUGGAUGAAUUGUUCUUAGAUGGAUGCUGGUUGGAAGCAACGGAGGGACCUGGAUUUCCUAAUCAGAGCCCCCUAAAUUCUGGUGCCAUCAUGGACUCGUCUUUCUGGCCUACAUCGGGGACCAAUGGAAAUUUCUACGCAAAUCCUUUUCAGACCAUUAAUCAAGCUCAGACACCACUGUUUAAUGAACUCCAGGAAGAAGCUCCAGCCAAUAUACCAUCUUCUAGCCAGACUAUGACAGAUAUUGUUAAAAUCUCCGGUCAGUCAGGAAAUUCUAUAAUCCAAGGUCAUGGCCUUAGUAGAGGUAUCUGGAUUGGUCGCAUAGAGAAUCAAGUUUCUGCACCGUCUGUGCUGGAGAGAUUAAAGAUGGCACUUGUGUACAUGAAAGAUAUCAUGAGGGACAAAAAUGUUCUUGUACAGGUAUGGUUGCCAGUGAAUAGAGGGGGUAGACGUGUUCUAACAACUAAUGAUCUACUUUCCUCACUUGAUUCUAGCUGUCCAAGGCUUGCCAAGUAUCACGACAUCUCUGUGAAGUAUGAGUUCUCAAUUGGAGGAAACUCUAAAGAGUUAGUUGAGGGCUUGCCUGGUCGAGUGUUCUCGGCAAAGGUUCCUGAGUGGACUCCUGAUGUUCGAUUAUUUAGGCGUGAUGAGUACCCAAGGGUUGGUGAUGCUAAACGGUAUGAUGUUCGUGGAACUUUUGCCCUCCCAAUCUUUGAACAAGGUUGUCAGACUUGCUUGGGUGUAAUUGAGGUUGUUACAACCACCCAGAAGGUGCAGUAUCAACCUGAGCUUGAUAGUGUUUGCAAGGCACUUGAGGCUGUUGAUCUUCGGAGUUCAGAAAAUCUGAAUACUCAUACUCUUAAGCAGGUGAAUAAAAAGCCCUACCAAGCUGUAUUGCCUGAGAUUCAAGAGGUUAUGAAAUCUGCAUGUGAAACGCAUAACUUGCCCUUGGCACAAACUUGGGUGUCAUGUAUCCAACAAGGCAAAGAUGGUUGCCGACAUUCUGAUGACAACUACGUUCACUGCGUUUCAACUGUGGAUCAUGCUUGCCACGUGGCUGAUCCCCCUAUCCGGGGUUUUCAUGAAGCCUGCUCUGAACAUCACCUGUUAAAAGGCCAAGGCAUAGUUGGGAGAGCUUUCAUGACUAAUCAACCAUGCUUUUCAGAUGAUAUAACUUCCUCUGGUAAAACGGAGUAUCCUUUAUCUCAUCAUGCCAGGAUGUUUAACUUGCAUGCAGCUGUUGCGAUACGUCUACGGAGCAUCCACACUGGUUCAACUGAUUUUGUCCUGGAAUUCUUCUUGCCAGUGGAUUGCAGGGAUCCUGAAGAACACAAGAAGAUGCUAACUUCACUGUCUUUGAUCAUACAAAAUCUCUGCCGGAGCUUACGGGUUGUCACAGACAAGGAGUUAGAGGAAGAAAUAGAUUUGCCAGUCAGUGAAGUGACCAUCCCUUCAGAUCCCAGGCCUAGUAGUAUUGGCUCUUUUCCGGAGAUGCAACAGACUGAUAAUGAUGUCUCCAUAAUCCCAAAGGAAAAGGCAAGGAAGAUGCCAAGUCCGAGAUCGUCAAAGUUCAGGCCACAAGACUUGAACGUAAAAGAAGGUGUUGACAGUGUUGGAGAGUUUUCUAAAAUCGGUGAGGGUAGCUUCUCAAGUGUUGGUGUGAGUAAGACAGGAGAGAAAAGGCGUACCAAAGCAGAAAAAGCUAUCACCUUGGAAGUUCUUCGAAAAUAUUUUUCUGGUAACCUGAAAGAUGCUGCAAAGAGUCUUGGAGUUUGCUCCACAACCUUGAAAAGGAUAUGCCGACAACAUGGAAUCAAACGAUGGCCAUCUCGGAAAAUCAAGAAGGUUGGUCACUCCCUAGAGAAACUGCAGCGUGUAAUUGAUUCGGUCCAAGGUGCGUCCAGUGUUUUCCAAAUCAAUUCUUUCUAUACAAACUAUCCAGAGCUAGCCUCUCCAAAUUUGUCUGGGACCAGCCCGUUUUCAACUUCAAAGCUGAUUGAUCAGUCAAGGCCAUCAGAUGUGCCACCUGAAGGUGGUGUUUUGAGUCCCCAAGCUACUGCAUCAAAAUCUCCAUCGUCUUCAUGUAGUCAGAGUUCCAGUUCAAGCCAGUGCUGUUCCAGCAAGACAGAGCAGUGUCUUCCCACAUGGAGCGUCGCAGGUAGUGACGAUCCUAUUGGUGGAGAUAAUAGAAUGUUGAAGAGGGUCAGAAGUGAAGCAGAGUUGAAUGCCCUUCGUCAAAUUGGAGUGGAAGAGCUAAUGCAAAGAUCCCAGAGCCAUAAAAAUCUCUGUGAGCAACAAAACUUGCAGUCUUUUUGUCCUCCAUUGAAAUAUGAUGGCCAGAUAGCUCAAGACGGGGCUGCUCGAAAAGUAAAAGUCACAUAUGGAGAUGAGAAAACUCGGUUUCGCAUUCAAAAUAACUGGAGAUUUGGAGAUUUGGAGCAAGAAAUCGCAAAGCGAUUUGGUAUAAACGACAUGAGUAGAUUUGAUAUCAAGUACUUGGAUGAUGAUUCAGAGUGGGUCUUGUUAACAUGUGAUGCAGAUUUGGAUGAGUGCCUUGAAGUAUGUCGCUCUUCACGAUGUAGUACAAUUAAGCUCUCCGUUCAGCUUUCUCGUCGUCGGUUAGAAAGGUUCUUAGGCAGCGGUGGCCCUUCUUGACGGAUUGUAACUCGUAAAGAGUUUCAUGAGUUGCAACAUGGAUUAAGAACUGCGAACUGCACUUUCAGGUUAAAUCUAGUCCAGGUGUUGAAACCUUGCAUAAAUUGGAGCAUGGGAACGGAAGUUUCACGUCUUGACUGAAUCUGUUGAAAACAAUCAGCGUUGUUAUCUGGGACCUUCAUGCUCCAUCAAUUAGUUAUAUUAACUAGCUAGUUAAUAGUUGUCUGUACAUUGUAGUGAAUGAAAAUAAUUGUUCCUUUUGUUCAAAUUAUGGAGCAAGCAUUGUGUUUCUUUUUCCCCAUUCUGAUAAAUUAUAUCAAAUCAUAUGAUUUUGUCGACAGCGCAUUGCAACGUCCAGUGUGUCUGGCUGCGCCGGAGCAUAAAAAUGACC